AUGCCUGAGAGAUGCGUUGCAGCGCGUUGUGGCAACGUAAAGGACCCAGCUAGGAAUAUAUCCAUGCAUAAAAUUCCAUUCUUCGGCGACGUGUGUCCGAUUAAAAAGAAAAGGCGAAAGAAGUGGGUCGACUUCGUAUUGGAGAGGAGGAAGAUGUGGGUGCCGGGGAAGACCUCCUCGUUGUGUUCCGUUCACUUUGCUCCAGACGACUUUCAAAGGCCGUUAAACAAAGAAGUCAACUUAAAGCGGGAUUUAAAGAAAGAUGAAAUUGGGGUUUGUGUUUUCCCAUCAAUACACGCUAAACGGAAAGGAGAAGAUGACGAGCCGCCAUCUAAAAAGAGAAGGGAAGCGCGAAUGGUAAGAAAGUAUUGUCACACCUGCUCGAGACAUUUCAUGUGAUUUUUCUUUCUGUGAUUAAUAAUUGGUACCCGUACCAUGAAAGUUAAAGAAAACACAAUUGUUUUGCUGUUUUUCACAGAUUGCUAGAUCUGCGAAGGCUCGCCUCAAAACACUGCAAGAACCAGAAGCGACAAGCAUUGUUUAUCCUUCCACAGGCAUUCAGGCGGUAAGAAUUUCGACUGCAGGGUAUACUUGGGUGUGCUUGUGUAAGCUCUUAUGUUGUGUACUAUUGAAUAUUUGCAGGCACAAACCGUACAAGCUGAAAACUCACAAGAUAUCCAGAUCAACUCCUCUACAAGUAGUCAAUCGGAGGAGGUGAGAUGCUGUGUAAUCUUUUAUAGUUUGAGUGCAAUGAAUGGUCAUGACUAAUUCCUUGUCAAUUAAUAACUUGUUAUUGAUAUUCCUGAUUAGGACAUUACUAGUAGUAGUACGACUGAAAUCCAAAGCAACGCUUACCAAAGAAAAUCCUGUGAUCAGAGGUUCAUAUCCUUUGGUAAACACUGGGGUGAAUGAUGCAAGAUUAGUAUAGCAGCAAAAAAGAUGAGUGAUUGAUGUCUGAUGUGAAACUUUAAAAAAUUAUUGUCAUUGGUUUUCACAGGGCCAACAUGGGACAUGUAAUGGUGGCUUUCAAGAGGAAUCUGGAUUGGAGCCUGAAGCUACAUGUAGCACGAACAUGGUACAUUCCUUACUGCAAAGAAAUAUUCAUUUACAGUCAUGUAACUUUCCAUUUCAUUAUGCUACCAGAUCAUGAUGGAAGUGACCAAUUUGGUUUUGUUUUUUUUUGUAGAUAAACAAAGACUUUUGUUAUGUCCAAGAUGCAGAAGAGAGCGAACCUUUUACACAAGUGGUAUGUAUCCUGUUUUGUAAUUAUAAACAUAAUAAUAAUAAUGAUUAGAUGUUGAUGAUGAUGAUAGUAAUAAUGAUAAUAAUAAUGAUAAUAAUAAUAAUAAUAAUAAGUGUUCAUUUCUUUCGUACAGGAUGAUAUUCUUGGUAUUUAUUUUAAAAGAUAAACCAUAGUUUUUUUAAUUUUAUAAUGCAGGAUAAAUCAACACAGACACUGGCAGAUCAGAGAUGUAGUAUCCUCAGCCAUGAAAUGGAACUUUUAAAAGGCCAGCUUAGUGCAGUGCGACAAUCC